GUCAGUGCUCUUUUGGUUUACUUGGCCGCAGUGAAGCCCCUUGCAGCCGCCCUGCCUCGGUUGUUCACUCAUCUGUCUCAGGGUUUGGAUUUACCUGGAUCUGGCAGCAGGGAGUGCUGCAAGUUGAACUUUGCUAAUACUUAUUUGCCAGAUUGUGUUCAAAGGUUCUCCCGGCGUCGCCGCGGACGUUUAGUGUUGCAACACCGCUUGCAAGGUGCGCAUCAAUGGCUUCUGCUUGGCAAAGUGUCGUAUCUUUACACCAGAGGAUGGUGGACUAUGGAGACAAGAGGACGGACCCGUGGCUGCUGGUCUACUCCCCCAUCCCGGUGUCGAUCAUCUUCCUGCUUUACCUCUGUGUGGUCUGGUUCGGCCCCCGCCUGAUGAAAAACAGACAACCUGUUGACCUGAAAGCCGUUCUCAUUGUUUACAACUUUGCCAUGGUCUGCCUGUCUGCCUACAUGUUCUACGAGUUCCUGGUCACAUCCAGGCUGUCAAACUACAGCUUCUCCUGUGAGCCUGUAGAUUACAGCAACAGCCCGCUGGCAAUGAGGAUGGCCAGUGUCUGCUGGUGGUUUUUCUUCUCCAAGGUCAUAGAGCUCAGUGACACGAUCUUUUUCAUCCUGAGGAAGAAGAGCAGUCAGGUGACCUUCCUUCAUGUCUACCACCACGGCACCAUGAUCUUCAACUGGUGGGCAGGAGUCAAGUAUGUGGCCGGCGGAGACUCGUAUUUUGUCGGCAUGAUCAACAGCUUUGUACACGUUGUGAUGUAUUUUUACUACGGCCUGGCUGCCAUCGGCCCUCACAUGCAGAAGUACCUGUGGUGGAAGCGAUAUCUCACGUCCCUGCAACUGCUGCAGUUCCUGCUGUUCCUGCUACACACGGGCUACAACCUGCUCACAGAGUGCGACUUCCCCAAGUCCAUGAACUUGUUUGUGUUUACGUACUGCUUCACCCUCAUCAUCCUCUUCAGUAACUUCUAUCAUCAGAGCUACCUCAACAAGAAGAAGCAGAUAUGAGACAGUUUCCUGUAACUGCAGUGCUUGCCAGCGUCCACAAGAGGGAGCAACAUGCUCACAGCUCGGAGGUUUUUCUUAUGGUGCUCAUUAUUAACUGCAGGUUUAGCUCUACAGUCUAAUACUAACCUUUACAGACAUGUACAACUAAUGUGAACGAUUUUAGUACUUUCUGCGGUUUUUUGGAGCAUCAAAUACAUAUCAGAAAACAGAUACUGUGUGAUCAUUCAGUUAUUUAUUUCUUAAAUUGAGAAAUGACAAACAUUCAAACGAUUGCUGUAAACAAACUGUACAUUUUUUACAUAUUAAUAAGUAGGUUGGUUUUUUUCUGCAUUAUCGCAGAGUUACUGAGUUCAAACCCUCCUCCAGAGAUAAAUCCAAAAGGCAAAAAAACCCCACUUAACAACAAAAUACAGAAAUGCAAACAUUAUUUUCCCUCACUGUUAAAACAACACGGCAACGUGAUAUAUUCUUUUCUACACUUCAGUCAAAAUAGAUUGAAUGAUGUAGAUUAGAGAGAGAAAGCACGACGAGGAGGGAGAGGACAUUUCAUUUCUAUUCAGGAGUUUUGUAGUGUUUGAUGUUUGUGUAUCAGAAUCUGCUUUAUUGGCCAACUAUGUGUACACAUCCAAGGAGUUCGACUCCAGUUUUAAGUUGCUCUGGGUGUAAUUACACGCAGUUCAAAGAACAAUUUUCAGUAAGAUAGAAAUAUUGAAGCUAAAAACAUUGUGUGAGCUUGAUCUGAUUGUACUGUUGAGCGUCUUAGGACCAGUGUCACCAAGUCAGAAUUUUUUGUACAUGAUGAGUGCUUGGCCAAUAAAUGUAAUUCUGAACCUAA